AUGAAAUUGGUUGAUAUUUUAUUCGUAUUGACUGCAGCAGCAACCGCUAAUGCAAUACUGAUACCGACUGAUAACGAUCGUUCAACCCACACAUCAGGCACUUUCAGUCAAGUGUCUGGUCCAACCAGUGAACCUAAUCCAGGCACUUCCAACGACUGGCAAGAACCAGUGGAUUUGAGCCUUUCUAACCGAUACCGGCAACAACCAAUGGAUCAACCCGGUUCAAAUACUCCCACUCAAAACCAGCGACCAACUGUGAUUGUAGCUGGUCCAAGUACUUUCAAACAAGGCCGAAAGCGCAUAAUUGAUGUGAUUGAUUUACUGAUUUCCAGACAAAACCAGCAACGACCAAUUGAUGAAGUUGAUCCAAACGCUUCCAAACAAAGUCAGCAACAGCCAAUGGAUCAACCCAGUCCGAGCACUUCCAAACGAAGUCGGAAGCGGCCAAUCAAUGAAAUCAGGCCAAGCAUUUUUAGCCAAGCGUCUGGCUCAACUAAUGAACCCAGUCCAAGUGCUCCAAAACGAGAUCGAAAACAACCGAUUGAUCAACCCAGUCCAAGCACUUCCAGACAAGACCAACAACAACUAAUGAACGAAGGCGAGUCUGCCAAUACUGUUCCAGAUCAAGUAGCUGUAUUAAGCCCAAGAUAUCAGAGAACCCUUGAACGUAGGAAGAAGAGGCUUGUAGAGUCUAAAGAAAUACAAAAGAAAAAACGCAAAGAAUAUUCUGAUUAUCAAUUCCUUGGAUUGGAACAACAUCUGGCGUUAGCAAUGGGAGAAGAAAUAUCAGGAUCAAAGUACGAUCCAAACACUGAAAAAAAAUUGAAAAAAGAGUAUGUAGCGGCAAGCAGAAGAGUAUAUAAUUCCAGACAACGAUUGAAGGAUUUUAUGAAAGAGCAUGGUUUGAGAUUUGAAGAACCAAAAGCAGAUUCAGGUUGA